AUCGUUCCCGUUCCGUGUUUCAAACAAASGCCCAGACGUCUCUUCACACCACCAAACCCCAACCGAGACCUCUUGUAAUUCGCUAGACCGACCGACUUUUUGCACGYGCCAUUUCUCGUUUCUCGUUUCGAACCUAGCACUACGCACUACGCACACACAAAACACACCACGCCCCAKUCUUUCCCACCACGAACAUGAACGAGGGCAAGAUGAUCAUGGCACUCACCGAACAAGAGAAGAUGCGAGCGGCCGCCAAGCUCCACCUAUCCACCGGAGAGGCACUCCUGGCUGCAGCCGGAGGCUCCGAGACCUCGUCGCUCUUUCCCCAAGAAUCCUCGGUCUUUGGCCGGAACGCGGGGUACUCCUCGAUGGYCAACCCGAUGGCGGCCAGGGGACUCCCAUCGUCGAUGUACGACGGCCUGGGAUCCUCCUUUACGGACCGGUCCCUCCUCAUGGGAAUGUCGAGCGGAAUCUCCAAUCCGUCGAACCCCCUCUCCGACAUGGGAAACAGCCUGGGAAUGGGAGGCAUGGGAAGCAUGGGAGGCAUCGGAGGGAUGGGCGGAAUGGGAAGCGUCUUAGGCCCGGGCCACAGGGACCUCUUCUCCGGCGCCGACAUCCUCUCCGCCGUCGAUCGAAACCAGAUGAGAAUGGAGCGCAUGAUGCUCAUGCGGCAGCGGGAAUCCAUGAUGCUGGCGUCGAGGGCGGAGGCCUGGCAGMUGGGAAUGAAGAUGCGAUCGGUCAGCACCUCGGUCGUGACGCCGGGCAGCGAGCUCGACAGCGAGAGCACCCUCGCCGCCCUCGGAAACUCGAUGCGGAAGAAGUCCUCCCCCUACAUCGACGCCUCGGCCAUGGCGGACCCCCCGGAGUUCGAGCUCGCGAGGCGCCGGACGCGGGGCGGCGUCACGGAGCCCUUCCCCGAGAAACUCCACCGGAUGCUCCUCGAGAUCGAGAAGGAAGGAAACGGGCACGUCAUCUCCUUCUUUCCCCACGGCCGCGCCUUUGGGAUCCACGACUCGGACGCCUUUGAGUCGAAGAUCAUGCCCAAGUAUUUCAAGCAGUCGAGGCUCAGCAGCUUCCAGCGCCAGCUGAACCUCUACGGGUUCACCCGGAUCGUCUCGGGACCGGACAGCGGGGGGUACUACCACGAGCUCUUUCUCAAGGGGAGGCCCGCCCUCUGCACCCACAUGCGCCGGGUGGGCAUCCCGAAGGGRGUCGACCGCCGGAAAAUCAAGGCCACCCUCAACAARAAGGAGCCGGACUUUUAUUCGAUGCGGCCGAGCCUCUGAUUGGGACGGGCUCGCUCUGGCUACGCUCCCGGCGAUCCGCUAKGGCAGAAACACGGGGUUCCACGGAAGCGCUACCACGCUUUCGUACAACAAAUGUAACAASUUCUACUACUGUACUAAUCAUUUAWAUUCUGCAUCAUUUAACUAAACUAAAACGAAACCU